AUUGGGCUAUUCAUGGAGUUUCUUGUCCUUUCACUCCUGCUGCAGUUUAUUAACACUCCCGACGCCCCCCCUCGCCUUGACACGGAAUAAGUGAGGUUGUGUGAAUUGCAGCGGGGCUGAAAAACCAGGCAGUAACUGGAAUGUGGCUGGAUUAGAUAUGUCCAUGCGUGUGUCCUGGCCUCACGGCACUGAAGUCCGGAGUGGCACCAGGAAUGACUAUGGCCCAUCAUUCCGAAGUGGAGCUGAUUUAGUUGCUGAGCUAGCCGGCUGCCUGCUGCAGUACCGCAGUGGUGCUGCACCCCCCUCCCCCGGAGGAAUUGCUGAGAAGACCCGGUGGGCCCCGCUGAGCAAACUCAGCUGGUGUGCCGGUUAUCCUCACUGCCGAGACCUGCAGUGCUAUUGCUAUGUCCCUGCCGGGAAGCAGACGGUCCUCCGCUGGCUCUCGAAGCCGUGGGUUUUAUGGAAGGAGUGGCUUGGCCUCGUUCUUUAAGUCUUCAGCACCCCCUGCCACUCCGACUGAGAAACAGCCUCUUCUUCCUGCCUCCAGGCGCCCCUCUCCCCCCGUCAGCAUGCGGGACACCUACGGCACCUCUUCGUUGAGCAGCAGCAGCAACUCGGGUUCCUGCAAGGGCAGCGACAGCAGCCCCACCCCAAGGCGGCCCAUCAAGUACAGUCUGUGCAGCGAUAACCAUGGGAUAAAGCCCCCCACUCCUGAGCAGUACCUGACCCCCCUCCAGCAGAAGGAGGUCUGCAUUAGACACCUGAAGGCCCGGCUGAAGGACACACAAGAGAGACUCCAGGACAGGGAUACUGAGAUUGAGGAUCUGAAGACCCAGCUCUCGAGGAUGCAGGAGGACUGGAUCGAGGAAGAGUGCCACCGUGUGGAGGCCCAGCUGGCACUCAAGGAGGCCCGGAAGGAGAUCAAACAGCUGAAGCAAGUGAUUGACACCGUGAAGAACAACUUGAUGGAGAAGGACAAGGGCCUUCAGAAAUAUUUUGUGGACAUCAACAUCCAGAAUAAGAAGCUGGAGACUCUGCUGCAUAGCAUGGAGAUAGCACAGAAUGGGGCUGUGAAGGAGGAAGGGGCUGGGGAGUCGGCAGGGGGCUCUCCAGCCCGGUCACUCACCCGCAGCUCCACCUACACCAAGCUGAGUGACCAGGCAGCAGGGGACAGGAACGCUGGGGACUCGCAGACCCUGUCAGCUGAGGAGAUGGUGGACAGCGGCUUCGUGGCUGCAGAUGACUCGCUAAGCCGGAUGGACUUGCUGGAGCAGAGCAGCCUGCUUUCAUCAGGGGUAGAGUUCUGCACAGAGGAGGGGUCUCUGCAGAGCUCCUUCACGCUGAGCUCCAGACUUCCCACCAGCUCCACCUAUGAGAAACUGAUGGGUACGCAAGGCAGCGUGGAGGCUGGAGUGCAGGCAAGCUGCAUGCAGGAGCAGGCCAUCCAAACUGACUUUGUGCAUUACCAACCGGACCUGGACACUAUCCUGGAAAAGGUCAUGAAGUCCCAGGCUUGCAGCCGGGGCAGCCCCACUUCAGUGUGGGUGUCCGAAAUGGAAGACAUCGUGCCCAGCUCCGAGACUAAGGCCCAGAACUUCUCCGGGACCACGGACUUGAUGGUGACUGAACCCAACUCCACUGUGGUGGUGACCGCAGGAGAUGGGCCAGAGACUCCGGAGGGGCAAGAGGGCCGCCCAGGACUGGUGACCAACAACCCUGCUGUGUACCAGCCCUCUAGCACUAGCCAGUCAGUGAGCGUCGUUUGCACCCUGGAGGAAGACGCUGCCGAGCUGAGCCAAGAAGCCACAGUGCCAAAAAGCUACUGGAGCCGCCAUUUCAUUGUGGAUCUCUUGGCCGUGGUGGUGCCGGCGGUGCCCACGGUAGCCUGGCUGUGCCGUACUCAGCGGAGGCAGGGUCAGCCCAUAUACAAUAUCAGCUCGCUGCUCCGCGGGUGCUGCACGGUCGCUCUGCACUCAUUACGAAAGAUCAACUGUCGCUCUGUUAGCAACAUGAGAGGUAGCAGCGGCAGCUCCCAGCCAUAACUCUCCUCUUCCACCAACCAAACACAUUGCACAUGCUUCAAGAUCCGACAUUGUGAAACGAUCAGAAUUUAUCUGACCACUGAUUGUAAAUUCCAGACACACAAAACAUUCGUUUUAUUUAUUUGAAGUACAUGGGCAACUUGACAUCCUCUGAUCUGCUGCAGCUAGAAUAUGCAAUUCCAGGAGGCUUGCGAGGGGCCUGAGGAGAAUGAGCUUCUGGGUUUGCUUUGGCUUCUGAGAUGUUUGAGGAAUAAAAAAGGCCAAUCCUGGGAGAGCAGAGUUUGUGGGGGGGGCACCCCAGCCUGCAUGCUGAAGGACACUCGCUCAGCAGGUGAUCUGGCUGAUGGAUUUUGCACUGUCCGCAAGUGAAGUCUGUGUAGCACAGAUGUGUACAUGCAUGCGGGUGCGUCUACACAGCACAGCCCCCUGUGGCAGCAAGUCUCAGAGUCUGGGUCAGCGGACUCAGGCUCAUGCUGCAGGGCUACAGAUUGCAGUGUCGACGUUCUCGCUCAGGCUCUGAGGACCUCUCCUCACCCGGUAUCAGAGCCCGGGCUUCAGCGCAACCCGAUCAUCUACACUGGCUUUUUUGAACCUGCUGCAGAAGCCUGAGUCAGUUAACCUUGUGCUCUGAGACUUGCUGCCAUGGGACUCUUUUUGCUGUGUAGACGGACCCAUGGUCACUUCAUCUAGGGAGACAGAGUAUUGCAAGCCCUCCCCUGGACUGAUGGAUUCCCUCCACCCCACCUCCCCUGACUAGUCCACUUCUGUUGUUCCCUCUGGCCAUGGCAGGGUCAUUUGAAAGGCUAAUUGCCCAACUGGCCUUUAAUUGCAUUGGACUUGUUCCUACAGUUGUUCCUGAGUCCCAAGAGGAAACCGCCAUGCCUGCCGUCAGUGCGAGGGGAGUCCUGCGGGUCAAACGGGGAGGGAUGGCUCAGUGGUUUGAGCAUUAGCCUGCUAAACCCAGGGCUG